AUGACAGACUCGCCAUGGCAGGUAGCCUAAUCUGGAUACUAAACAAAUAUUUGUGCGUAGUUGUAAAGCGCAUGGUUGUCAGAGUAACAAUAUUUUCUUUUCUUUUUUCAAAAGUGAAGGUUGACGAGAGGUGGGUGGCUGUGUCCUUACUACAGUUUAAAUAUAGAAUUGGCACACCGGUAAACACAAUCCAGAACGCAUGAAGAAGAGUGGUGGCAGAACUAAAGCAACAAACCUCAUGUACAAGAGACUUGCACAAGGGCCAUUGGGACAGUGUCUGUUGCCUAUAUGGGAAAACAGCCAGAGAAAACCAGUGGAGUUCACUCACUCGGAGUGUACAUGGUGCAUAGCUUGUGGUGACUUCCUUCCUCUAUACCUUCAGCCAAGUAAUUGGACUGACACACUGUAGUGGAGUCGAGUGGAUAACCUCAUGAUCUGGUGCCUGCACGUGCGCGAGUGUGCGCGAGUGUGUGCGUGGGCGUGUGUGUGUGUGUGUGUGUGUGUGUGUAUGUAUGAAUGUGUGCUUGUCAUCAGUACAUGAAUGUGAAAGCUGAAGUGGGGCCAGAGUUCUGCAGGAGACUGGACUACAGUAAAUAAUGCUGCUCGCUGCUGAAGUACUGCUGAUGCUGAGACGUGAAGGCUUGAAGGCUCAACAUUAACCGCAACCAGAAGUUUCCAGAGGAACAUUACUGUUUUUGGGCCACCGCACAGCGUCGUAGCAAAUGGUGUGGAGGAGGUCGGAGUGUGGACUAUGGGCUAGGAUGUGCGUCCUGGCCCUGGGCCUGCUCCUGCUGCUGUUGCCAGGAGGCCAGUGCUUCCUGCCCAACUUCUGGUCCAGCGUGCUGACGCUGUCCUGGGACUCCUACACCCACCAGUACAUGACGGAGCAGGCCAUCCUCAACGUCACCAUGGAGACUCUGGAGAGCCUGAUGAUGGCACAGCAGCAACACUCAGCCAAUGAGAAGGAUGUGGGACUGGGCCGAGGCUUCUGGCAUGCCGUGGGCGAAGUGGUCCACUGCAACGUGGAGAUGGACUUUGGCGAGUACACCAGGCUAGACCCCGUGUACCACUUUGACGCGGAGCGCGUGGACAACGCCAUGGAGAUGCUGCGGGAGUUCUGGAGUCAGGCAGUGCUGCUGGCCAAGGUGGAGGACUACCAGGGCGCUCGCAAGUCUCUCGGACAACUCUUCCACUCACUACAGGAUUUCUACAGCCAUAGUAACUGGGUGGAAAUGGGCCAGAAGGACAUCUACCAUCAUCUGCUGGACCCCAGAGCCCCCGCCAUACCCACAGCCUCAGAGGAGCUUGCUACGUGUGCAGAAUGUGAUGUUCGGCCGUUACUACCUGUACCGGCGUUCAUGCAACCUGCGUUCAUGCAACCAGUGUACACCUGUGAGGAUAACAUCCUGAAAGUCAUGCUCAACCCAAAGGCCCCGCUACUAACCACGGGCUACUUCAGCGAAUAUCCCAACAAACCACCAGGCAAGUGCAGCCACGGGGGCGUCCUGGACAGCAGUCGUCACGAGGGGGCUCAGGGGGGCAUCAACAAGGACAGCACAUCCCCCUUCUUCUCCCCGCACCACUACUUACACGCCCAGGCCGCCAAGCUGGCUACCACGGCAACCGUCACCGUGCUGCAGGAUCUCCGGAACGCAGUGGGGAACAAGACCUUCCUAAGACUCUUCAGCGUGAAGCAGCUCCCAGCCCUGGUGUUCGUGAUCGACACCACGGGCAGCAUGUGGGAUGAGAUCUCGGCGGUGCGCAGGAGGGCGGACUCCAUCAUCCUGGCCCGCAAACAGGAGUCCACCUACGCCCUGCCCGGCACCUUCCUCCUCGUGCCCUUCCACGACCCCCAGGUGGGUCCAGUGUACGAGACAGAUGACCCUGACCAGUUCCUGCGUUACUUGGAAGACCUCACAGCUCUGGGAGGAGGAGACGAGCCAGAGAUGUGCUUCACUGCUAUACAGCUGGCGCUCACCAACAGUCCGCCUUUGUCUGACAUCUUCGUCUUCACUGAUGCCUCAGCUAAGGACCGCCAUCUUUACAACUCUGUGAAGGCGCUGACACUGGAGAAACAGAGCAAGGUGACAUUUCUGUUGACGGAGGACACGAGGAGGAAGUGGGGCAGGAGGAAGAGGAGGGAGACUCUGUCCCCCGACCGCUUCAAUCUCUACAUCUCGCUGGCCUCGGUCUCCGGAGGCCUGACCGUCUUCACCACCGAUAAAGACAUCGGGAGUGUUUCAGCCAUUGUUCAGGAUAGCACAAAGGCUGAUAAGGUGACCCUGCUUCACGUGGAGAGCCAUGCGGACUCCGAGGUGUCCCACUCGUUCCAAGUGGACAGCAGUAUGGGGAAUGUUACAUUGCACUUAGCUGGAGACCUCACCAACUGCACUCUCUACAACCCCAAUGGCCACAGCCAGCCCCUGCUGGGUCCCCCUGGUCCCCUGGCGGAGCUGGAGAGCCUAAAGGGCCUCUACCGGGUGACACUGCUGGCCCCCAUCGCACAGGGCCAGUGGCACGUCACCGCCCAGGCACGGGGAAAUGUCACCUUCAGCGUCAUCGGUGACAGUAGCUUGGACUUCCUCUAUUACUUUGCUACCGAGGCCAAUGAAACUCAUCCUGGAUUAUCUAGAGUGGAGGGCAGCCCCAUAGCAGGUCUACCAGUAUUCCUAGUGCUGGCCGUGACGGGCCUCUCCCCGGCCCAGAGGGCGUCCUUCAGCCACGCGGCGCUGGUGGGCUCUGGGGGGGAGCGCCUGCAGGACGUGGGCCUCAACUCCACCUCCACCUGGUGGUCCACGGAGCAGGAGCUGGUGGGCCGGGUGGAGGCCGUACCCCGCGAGCCCUUCUGCGUGCACCUGUUCGGGCAGGACGCGCUGGGCAGCGCCCUGGAGAGGGUCUCGUCGGAGAUGAUCCACCCCACCCACGUGCAGAUACAGGUGCUGUCCUCCUCUCGCCUGGUCCCUGGUCAUAACUCCAGCGUGGCAUUUGAGGUGUGGAACCACGGCCCUGCUCGCAGCUUCUCCCUCUCCGCCGAGGACGACCACGGCUACCUGUCCCCCUCAGGACCCUACAGUUUCCACAUAGACGAGGGGUCCUCCUUCAGUCGAGAGGUGGUGCUGAAGACGCCCCAUAAAGCAGCCGCGGGGGAGGCUGUCACCCUGACCCUGAUGGUGAAGGCACGGGACUCCGCAGACUCAAACUACGCCGUGGUCCACCUGACUGUCAUCCCACAGGAAAAGGACACGUCCCCUCCCUCCUGCUCGGCGAUGCGCGUAGAGGAGUCCUGUCCGCCAGGGGAUCCAACAGGAGAGCACUGCAUGCUGGGAAACUGGAGCGUGUCUCUGGCCGUGAAGGACCGCGGCCACUCCGGCCUGGCCUCGGUCCAGCUCUCCCAGGGCGACGGAAUUCUGAUGCUCCUCCAUCACCGCCACCACGGCAACCACCAGACCACCACUGGCGGUCACCAUGGACACCAUGGAUGGAUGGAGGGCCAGCCUCCACAUGAAGCAGUCGGUGCACAGGGACUGGGGAGGGACCGCAUGGCGAUGGGUGACCCUCCGCUGAGCGUGACGUCGUGGGCCGUGGGGAGGCCCGUGCGGCUGGGGUACGUGUCCACCUGCUGCGCCCCCAGGGCAGAGCUGGUGGUGUGGGACAGGGCGGGCAACAGUCGCCGCUGCCACUUGCUCUCUCCGCGCCAGUCGAGGGAACAGCCGGCCAGGAACAAGGCAUCGCAGCGGCAUCGCCAAGGGACUCUCUCCUGUCCAGCGGCUCUCAGCCUGGGGGUGCUCCUUCUGUUCAGUCUGCUGGUCGCUGGAGCAGUCUGAGGUUUGAGCUCC